AUGGCAGAAGCAAUCCUUACUGAUCUUGCAACCAAAAUCUUAGAGGGUUUGGGCUCUCUCCUUAUCCAAGAGAUUGGACUAGCAUCAGGAGUGAAAAAGGAAUUGAGUAAGCUGAAGGACUCUUUAUCCACAAUCAAUGCCAUAUUGUUGGAUGCAGAGACGAAGGGUUCAAUGAGCCAUGCGGUGAGAGAUUGGUUGAGAAAGCUUAAAGAAGUAGCUUACGAUGCUGAAGAUGUAUUGGAUGAAUUUGCAACAGAAAUCUUGCGACAGAAAGUGGAGUUUCGAAACAACAACAUGGUAGUAAAACAGGAUGAUGAGGUAGCUAAAUUUCAGUUUAAAACUCAAAGUGUGGGUAUGAACAUGGAUGAUGACAAUACUAGGAGGCAUACCGACUCUUUUGUAAUUGAAUCUGAGGUCUUGGGUAGAGACAAAGAUAGAGAAAAACUAGUAAAAUUAUUGUUAACUUCUUCUUCAUCAGGAGGAGGCAGCAGCAAUAAUGAUGGAGAAGUGAAUAAUAAUGUGAUGGUGAUUCCCAUAAUUGGGAUUGGGGGUUUAGGGAAGACAACACUUGCUCAGUGUGUGUACAAUGAUGAAAGGGUGAAGACUCAUUUUGAGUUGCGGAUGUGGGAAUGUGUCUCAUUUGAUUUUAAAACUUUGACAAAUAAAGCAGGGUCGGAAUUUCGGGUAAAACUAUCGGGAAAGAGAUAUCUGCUUGUCCUGGAUGACGUUUGGAAUGAACAUCCUGGUGAAUGGGAGAAUUUAAGAAAAUUCUUAAUAGGCGGGGCAAGUGGAAGUAUGAUAUUGGUAACCACCCGGAGUCAGGUGGUUGCAUCAAUCAUGCAACCAUAUAAAAAUCAUCACUACAUUUUGGAAGGGUUAAAUGAAAAUGAUUGUGAAUCAUUAUUCAAUAAAAGGGCAUUUGGGAUUAGAAAUGAAGAAAUAAACCAUCCUGAGCUAGUGGGGAUAGGGAAGGAAAUAGUGAGAAAGUGUGGAGGAAUGCCUUUGGCUGCAAAGACACUUGGGAGUUUGUUGUGCCAUACAAGAAAUAAAAAGGAUUGGUGGGAUGUCCUAGACACGGAAAUUUGGAAACUAGAUGAUGAACAUCAGGAAAUCCUACCUGCUCUAAGGAUAAGCUACAACCAUUUGCCAUCCCACUUGAAGCAAUGCUUUGCUUAUUGUUCUAUGUUCCCACAAGAUCAUUUAAUAGAUGUUCCUGAUUUGAUCCAUCAAUGGAUGGCACAUGGGUUCAUCAAACCAUCACCACCACCUACUAGAUCAGGAUCAGGAUCAGGAUCAGGAUCAAGUAGUACACAAUUAGCAAGAAGGUCAUUAGAGGACAUUGGGAAUAGGUAUUUCAGGGAAUUAUUAUGGAGAUCAUUCUUUCAAGAGGUAGAAGAAGAUGAUUUUGGCAACAUUGAGUCUUGCAAAAUGCAUGACCUGGUUCAUAAUCUUGCUCGAUGGGUCGCAGGGACGGAGUACUACUCCUCCUCCUCAUCAUCUUCUUCUUCUUCUAAUAUUAAUUCUGAUCAGCCGGGAGUCAGAAGACACAUGGUGUUUAAUGUUGAGGAGGAGGGUGACACAUUAAAUCCUCGAAAUCUUCUGAUGAUGCUCUCUGACAAGCCCCAGAAGUUGCGGACACUUUAUUUGGAAGGUCAUGAUGAGUUGGGAAUUAGAACAGGAUUCAUCGUCUCACCUUUGCGAGGCUUGCGCGUGUUAGAUUUAAGUGAGUUAGGAAUCAAACAUGUGUCGAGUUGCAUAGGUUACCAGCUGCAACAAUUAAGGAGUGGCCCAGAUCAUCAGAUAUGA